UUAAUACUGAGUAAUAAGCUGGAAGUUUAAGAGGUUAAUAAAUGGAAUUCAUUCAUGUUUCAUUUAAACAGUAACAUAUUUUCUUUUUCCCUUUCAGAAAAAGAACAAGAUCUCAGCCACACGCCGGCUAUUCCUAAAAGGCAAGCUGCUGAAGAAGGCAGCAUCUAUGCUUGUAGCAGAGAAAGAGCAGAACAAGCGUGAGAGGGAGAGUGCCCUGAACGAGAGAGUCCCUCCACUCAAACUCUCUGGACUGUCUGUACAGGAGCUGCAGGAGCUCUGCAAAGAACUCCACCGCAAGUCAGACACUGUUGAUGAAGCGCGAUAUGACCUUGAAGUGAAAGUGUUCAAAAAUGAAAAGGAGAUCCAAAUGCUGACACAGAAGAUUGAAGAGAUAAAGGGCACCAUGAACAGAACCAAACUGAAGAGGGUGAAGAAAUCUGCCGAUGCUAUGCUGGGUGCUCUGACUGAAUCCAAAAUGUCAUCGAAGGCAGACUUUAAAGCCAACCUGAAGACAGUCAAGAAAGAGGAGGAGAAGAAAGAGGAGGUGACUGACUGGCGUAAGAACGUGGAAGCCAUGUCUGGUAUGGAAGGCAGGAAGAAGCUGUUUACUGCUGGUCAAUAAAUGGUUUCUAGAUGCAGAAGAGUCUGCUGUAAACAUGUUUCAUUUUGUGUAACUUUAUGUCAUAGUUAAGUGACAUUAACUGAAAACUCAUAACAAAUAGAUGGCAUACUCAAGAACAAGGUGCCCCAAGACGAGAAGACAUCUUUGUGGAAAUGGAACGAAAUCAAAACUGUUCAUAUUCAAUUUGCUUGUAAAAUUAUUUGUGAUCUGUGACUUUCCAUGUAUUUAUGACUGUAGAUAUACUUUUUGUGUCCCAAAGUUGUGUUGGGUCUCAGAACAUGCUGGCCCUUGUGUCAAACCGGCUGUUGUCAGCAUGUACAGGUAGAAUAUGAUACGAUAGGUGAAAUGAAUCUGAUUAGAGAUGGAUGAACUGUACUUGACCUUUUGUGGUGUAGUGUUGCCUUGUAAGAUGGCGAAUAUUGCAAAGCUUUCUAGUCACUUGGAAAUACAACUCACAGUGUAAUGGCAUUCCACAAUUAAAUAUGAUGCGAUGUAUUAAUGAAAUAA